AUGGAUUCAGCCGCACACACCACACUCACAGUGUCGGAGGUUCUUGCAUUGGAAGACAAGAAAGGCCUUGGCCUGACACCCGCGCUGAUCAGGCUCUACCUCGUCCUGGCCCCAGCCACCCUGGUUGUCUGCGCUACGAAUGGCUUUGAUGGCUCCGUCCUCAACGCUCUUCAGGGUAUUGACAGGUGGAAGGACCAGUUUGGGCAUCCAGACGGGGCAUUGCUCGGGAUAACGAGCUCAGCAUAUGCCCUGGGUGCGAUAGGGUCGACACCAUUCUCUGCCAUUGUGUCCGACCGCUUCGGCCGUCGAUGGUCUAUCUUCAUCGGCAGCAUCAUCAUGAUGCUCGGAGUCGUUCUGCAAUGUGUGAGCAAGAGCAUUGGGUUGUUCAUCGGCGGCCGUGUGGUCGUCGGCUUCGGCAUCAGUCUUGCCCUGGCUGCUGCUCCGAUCCUUCUCGCCGAAUUGGCCCACCCGCGACACAGGGUUUUCUUCUCCGCCAUGUACAACUGCAGUUUCGCCCUCGGCUCCGUGCUUGCGGCAUGGGUCGCGUAUGGCAGCGUCAACAUCCCGAGCUCGUGGGCGUGGCGUCUCCCCACGCUUUUCCAGGCAUGUCCGGCACUUAUACAGACAAGUGCGAUCUGGUUCCUCGACGAGUCACCUCGCUGGCUGUGCUAUAAGGACCGAGGCGACGAGGCCUUUGCGAUUCUGGUCAAGCACCACGGCGGAGGCGACCCGAACCAUCCCCUGCCCAUUGCCGAGUACCACGAAAUGUGCGAGGCGCUGCAACAGGAGAAGCAGAUGAAGCACCGCGGACUCCGCUUGUUCGUGCAGACGCCCGAGAACCGGAAGCGGCUCAUGAUCCUGAUCGCCCUCGCCAUCUUCGGGCAGUGGAGCGGCACGGGUCUCAUCUCGUACUAUCUCCCCAAGAUCCUGGACAGCAUCGGCAUUACGGGACAGCAGGAACAGACGCGGCUCAACGGCAUCGUCACCACAGUCAACUACGUCACGUCGUUCUGCGCCGUCAUCUUCGCCACCAAGGUCGGCCGCCGGGUCCUAUUCGUCGGCGGCGGCACCUUCAUGUGGCUGUCGCUGGUGGGGUUCGCGACGUCUGUGGCGCUCUACAACGAGCACAAGUCGACCAGCGCGGGCCGCUCGUCGCUGGGCUUCAUCUUCAUCUUCAACACGGGCUACAACUUCUGCCUCAUCCCGACGCUGUACCUGUACUCGACCGAGAUCCUGCCCUACCGCCUGCGCGCCAUGGGCCUCUCCAUCUCCGUCUUCACGACCAAGGCGUCCCUCUUCUUCAACCAGUUCGUCAACCCGAUCGGGCUCAGCUCCAUCGGCUGGAAGUACUACUUUGUCUACGUCGCGUGGGUCGCCGUCGAGGUCCUCAUCAUGUUCUUCUUCUUCCCCGAGACAAAGGGCCAUACGCUCGAGACCAUGCCCGAGGUCUUUGGCGAGCGCGUCCUGGACAACAGGGACAAGAAGAUCAUGGUCAAUGACGACGAUGAUGUCCACGUCGUCGAGUUGGGCGGUAGUCCCAAGGGGUUGGAUAGGUCCAAGGGGUAUGUUGAGCAUGUCCAGGAUGUGGGUGUCUAG